AUGGAACUCACGCCUUUGGCUGCCAUCCUACCAUACAAGUCCGAAUGGCGUGUUGAAGUUAAGGUGCUCCAUACCUGGAAGCAUUACACCAAACUUUCAGGAGAAACAUUGGAGAUCAUUUUGUCUGAUGUACAUGGAACAAAAAUUCUUGCCUCAUGUAAGAAGACAUACUUUGAAAAGUUUGCCAAGAAAGUACCUGUUGGAUCAUGGAGAAGCAUUGAAAAUUUCUCCAUCAAUAACCCCGGUGUGACCUACAGACCAACCAAUCAUCAAUACAAGAUCAAUUUCAUCUAUGGCACUGAUAUCACUCCGUCUAACCUGCAAAACGACAGCAUAUGUUAUUUGAGAAGUGGCGGAUUUGGAACAUCUUCAAACAGUUCUGUGCUCGGUGGCCAUAGGAUUGCUUGCUGUCUAUGGGGGAAGUUUGCUGAAAGCAUUGAAGCUAAUUGCAACGCAGCUGGUGGAGAUACUGUUAUCUGUCUCUUACGUUUUGUGAAAGUCGGGACCUAUAGAUAUGAGAUUCAAAUUUCAAACUCAUAUGAUGCUUCUCAAAUCUUUUUCAACCCACCAAUAAUGGAGACUGAGGCGUUUUUGAAAAGGGAUGUGGCAUCCAAUGCUAUGACGUUGGUUGAAUCCCAACAAGACAAGCUUGAAAGGGAGAUUAGACGCGAUAAAUGGAUGCCAUACCCAAUCAGAGACAUUGCAGAGCUACUUCAAUAA